UCUCUCUCUCUCUCUCUCUCUCUCUCUCUCUCUCUCUCUCUCUCUCGGCGCGUCAGAGUCUAUACGAUGAGAUGAGACUCUUCUCCGUCAUGUCCUCAGCCUGAGAUACUCCAUUGUUUUUCUCUUCCAUCCUCUGUUUUACCAAGGUUGAGUGCCCACUUUGCCCAUGUAAUGCAGAGAAAGAGUGGAUGUCUCUAGUUUUUACUUCCAUUCAGUCUGAGAAUUUUUCUCAGCUUGUAAAGCCUUUAAUGGGUUAAGGAACAUUCCAAAGACCUGGAGAGAUGGAAGAGAGACGAGAUGAUGCUGGCCCUUCAGAGCAGGGAUCUGCAAGUUCAACAUGGUGGCCUUCUGACAUUGUGGAAAGGUUUGAUUCUGUUUCUUUUGAAUCUCAAGGUGAGUCCUUGAGUAAAGAGACCUCAAGAAAUGCCGAGCAAGAUGGGUCUCCAGCUCAUAGAGCAUCACAAAAUCUUUGGGACAGUGGAGUGCUUUCUGAACCCAUUCCGAAUGGUUUCUACUCUGUCACUCCGGAUAAAAGACUCAAGGAGCUAUUUAGCAGAUUACCUACUUUGGACGAGCUUCAUGCUCUGGCUGAAGAAGGUUUCAGAACUGAGGUCAUUCUCGUAGAUUUUCAGAAGGAUAAGAAGCUAGGAAUGCUUAAGCAGUUGAUUUCUACACUUGUAAAAGGACUGAGCUCAAAUACAGCCUUGGUGAUUAAGAAAAUAGCUGGAUUGGUAGCUGACUUCUAUAAACGUCCGACUCUGGAAAGUCCGUCAAAACUUGCUGUAGAGGAAAUUGCUUUUUUGUCCGAAAACCAUGGUGCCCAGCUGCUUGGCCAAAUAAAGCGUGGUUCUUGCCGUACAAGGGCGAUUUUGUUCAAAGUUCUAGGAGAUGCUGUUGGACUUGAAAGUCGGCUGGUGUUGGGUCUUCCUAACGAUGGGACUAUGGAUUGCGUGGAUUCUGACAGACACAUGUCUGUUAUGGUUGUGCUAAACUCUGUCGAACUGCUUGUUGAUCUUGUGAGGUUUCCUGGGCAGCUGGUGCCUCAGUCAGCCAAAGCAAUUUUCAUGUCACACAUCUCAGCUACCGGAGAGAGUGAUUCUGCAGAAAAUGACUCAUGUGACUCACCCUUGGAGCCUAACAGUCCUUUAUAUGGUUAUUCAGAUAGAAUUGAUCCUGACAGCGCAGAAAAAGAUGAAACUCUUCAAUUUCAUCGGAAAUUAGAAGGAUAUCCAAAUGUAUCUGGUCCGUCAUUGCGUAAUCUAAUGUUCCGACCUGCUACCACCAUUGAGAGGAAAUUGAGCAAUUCCUCACACAGUGAACCAAAUAUUGCAACUGCAUUCUGGAGACGUAGCCGACGAAAAGUCAUUGCUGAGCAGAGAACAGCUAGCUCAAGCCCAGAACAUCCUUCUAUGCGAUCACGUGGACGAUCUAUGUUAGGUGCUGGUAGGAAUUCAAAUAGAGAUUGCAUGGGUGAUGCAUCUCCUUCAAGGUCCAACAGUGCAUCUACAUCGGAGACACGUAGAAAUAGACGACGAAGUAUUAGUGUUACACCAGAGAUUGGGGAUGACAUUGUAAGGGCUGUAAGAGCAAUGAAUGAUAAAUUGAAGCAAAAUCGUCUCUUGCAUAACCGGGGGGAUGAAAACAGCUCGAGUGUACAGAAUAAUGUGUCUGGCCUCCAUCUUGGUGAUGACUUAAAUCCUCAGAAGGCGAUGUCAUUGCCAUCGUCUCCUCAUGCUUACAGGAACCAAGCAUUUGGAAGAAGAGGGCCUUCAGACUUUGCUGUGAAAGAUUCAUGGAAUAAGGUUCUUGAAUCUUCAACAUUCCAGAAUCAGCCUUUGUUACCAUAUCAAGAAUGGAAUAUUGACUUCUCAGAGUUGACUGUUGGGACUAGGGUGGGAAUUGGGUUUUUUGGAGAAGUUUUUCGUGGAAUUUGGAAUGGAACAGAUGUUGCAAUCAAAUUGUUUCUGGAGCAAGAUCUUACUGUUGAAAACAUGGAAGAUUUUUGCAAUGAGAUAUCAAUUCUCAGCCGUCUUCGCCAUCCAAAUGUUAUAUUGUUUCUGGGUGCAUGCACUAGACCUCCGCGCUUAUCUAUGAUUACAGAGUACGUGGAAAUGGGUUCGUUGUACUAUUUGAUCCACAUGAGUGGUCAGAGGAAGAAGCUUAGCUGGCACAGGAGACUCAGGAUGCUUCGAGAUAUAUGCAGGGGCUUGAUGUGCAUACACCGGAUGAAGAUUGUUCACCGCGACCUAAAGAGUGCCAACUGCCUUGUGGACAAACAUUGGACUGUCAAGAUCUGUGAUUUUGGGCUGUCAAGGAUAAUGACAGAGGAUAGCGUGAAGGAUUCCUCAUCUGCUGGAACACCAGAGUGGAUGGCUCCUGAACUUAUUCGUAACGAACCAUUUACAGAGAAAUGUGACAUCUUUAGCCUGGGGGUCAUAAUGUGGGAGCUUUCUACAUUAAGUAAACCAUGGGAAGGAGUUCCCCCAGAGAAGGUGAUUUAUGCUGUUGCGAAUGAAAGGUCACGGUUGGAGAUUCCUGAAGGUCCACUCAGCAAGCUUAUCGCAGAUUGUUGGGCGGAACCAGAGGAACGGCCAAGCUGUGAGGAGAUACUUUCACGCUUACUUGACUGCGAGUACACGCUGUGUUAGCCAGAGGAUCCAUUUCAUGUGUACAGAGAAAUGGCAGCAGGUAUUACAAAAACAAGCCCUCGGCUGCCUUUUUAUUGUUAUUGUUAUCGGAACCAUCAAAAUCAAGUUUUACAAUGUGGAAGAGUUAGAUUCUCGGUAUUUGGUUAUAUAUAUAUAUAGGAGUUUGGAGAUGUUUUUCAGCUCAAAAGAACUCCGGUCCUUUUGCCUCCAUAACUCUCUCUUUGGUCUUUACCCGAGUCUUUGCAUUUCUUUCGAAAUCCCACGAGUGAAGGGGGGAAGAAGGCUUUUUUUGUUUGUCUGUUGAACAAUUUUCAUUUGCAGUUCUUUACGGUCAUAAAUGAUAAAACGGAAAUCUUGUUUGUCGCUUUGGAAAUUA